AUGAAAGAAGACAACCAAUCUUCUACCCUGGAAUUCAUCCUCCUGGGAGUUACUGGUCAGCAGGUACAGGAAGACUUCUUCUUCAUCUUCUUCCUGUUCAUUUACCCCAUCACAUUGACUGGAAACCUGCUCAUCAUCUUGGCUAUUCGCUCUGACAUUCGCCUUCACAACCCCAUGUAUUUUUUCCUUGCCAACCUCUCCUCCGUUGACAUCUUAUUCUCCUCUGUAACCAUCCCCAAGAUGCUAGCCAACCAUGUCUUGCACAGCAAAUCCAUCUCCUUUGGGGGAUGUCUAACACAAAUGUAUUUUAUGAUUGCCUUGGGUAACACAGAUAGCUAUAUCCUGGCUGCGAUGGCAUAUGAUCGUGCCAUGGCCAUCAGCCGCCCACUUCAUUACACAACAAUUAUGAGUCCACAGACUUGUGUCCUUCUAGUUGUUGGAUCUUGGGUGGUUGGAAACGCCAAUGCCCUCCCCCAUACCCUGCUCACAGCUAGUCUGUCCUUCUGUGGCAACAAGGAGGUAGCCAACUUCUACUGUGACAUUACCCCUUUGCUUAAGCUGUCCUGUUCUGACAUCCACUUCAAUGUGAAGAUGAUGUACCUAGGGGUUGGUAUUUUCUCUGUGCCAUUACUAUGCAUCAUCAUCUCCUAUGUCCGGGUCUUUUCCACAGUUUUAUGGGUUCCUUCCACUAAGGGCAUGCUCAAAGCCUUCUCCACCUGUGGCUCCCACCUCACUGUUGUUUCUCUGUAUUAUGGGACAGUCAUGGGCAUGUAUUUCCGCCCUCUGACUAGUUACAGCCUAAAGGAUGCAGUCAUGACUGUUAUGUACAUGGCAGUGACUCCAAUGCUAAAUCCUUUCAUUUAUAGUCUGAGAAACAGAGACAUGAAGGCUGCCCUGAGGAUACUAUUCAACAAGAGAAUUUCCUCAUAACCAAUGUGAGGUCAUAUUGAGGAAUGCAGUCAUCAAUUAGGAUGCACUUGGAAGUCCAUCCC